AUGGUUGCUCCUAUUAACGAAUACACACUUGAGGAGAAUACUGUUUUUUCCAUCGUGGGUAAGGGCCUCAAGCUGAACACUGCUGCCGAUGUGCAAGAAUUUGUUGAUACCAUCCGUCAAAUGGACGACCUUCAAGUCAUUAAAUUGAGUGGAAAUACCAUUGGUGUUGAGGCUGGUCAAGCCUUGGGUGAAGCAUUAAAGACCAAGACGCAGUUAAAGCAAGCUCUUUUAUCCGACAUCUUUACAGGCCGUUUGCUGUCCGAAAUUCCUCUCGCUCUCAAGGCCCUGUGUGAUGCCUUUGAACAAGUAGAUUUGUUAGAAUUAGACUUAUCCGACAAUGCUUUCGGUCCUGCAGGUGCUCAGCCUUUGAUCGACUUUUUAUCCAACACAAAAACCCUUCAAACAUUGCGUCUCAACAACAAUGGUUUGGGUCUGGGUGGCGGUGCCAUGAUCGCUCAAGCACUUCAAGCCAACGCUGAUAACGCUAAAGCAGAGAAUCGCCCUAGCUCUCUUCGCACCAUUAUUUGUGGACGCAAUCGUCUCGAAGAUGGAUCCUCCAAAGCCUUGGCCCGUGCUUUCUCUUCUCAUGGUACCUUGGAAGUCGUCCGUAUGCCUCAAAACGGUAUUCGCCCUGACGGUAUUCGCACCAUUGUAGAAGGUCUUCGUGAUUGUAAAAACUUGCGCCACCUCGAUCUUCAGGACAACACAUUCACCGUCAAAGGAUCCAAAGCUUUGGCUGCUGCUUUGCCUAGCUGGCCCAACCUCGAAAUCUUGAACGUCUCUGAUUGUUUAUUGAGCAAGAAGGGUGGUGCUUAUGUGUUCUCUGCUCUUGAGCGCGGUGAAAACAAGCAAUUGAAGGAAUUGCUGGCUCAAUACAACGAAAUCCGUGCUGAUGCUGUCCAAAUUUUAGCUGCUGCUAUCAAAUCACACUUGAACUUGCUCGAGAAACUUGAAUUGAACGGUAACAUGUUUGAAGAGGAUCAUCAAGUGGUUGAGAUCUUGAGAGAUGCACUUGCUACUUGGGACCAUGAGGAUGCUUUGGACGAGUUGGAUGAAAUGGAAGAUGUCGAUAGUGAAGAAGAGGAAGAAGAAGAAGAGGAGGAGGAGGAGGAAGAACCUGAGCUUGUCAAGGAGGCCGAGGAGGCUGAAGCCAAAGAACCUACAAAGGAUGAAAAGUUAGAUACAAAGGCAGAAGACGAAUUAGCCGAGAAGCUGGCCGAGACACAUAUCUAA